AUGCAUGACGGAGUCGUUGAGCCAGACUUUGGAUCCACUGCAACCUCUUUCGAGUCUAUAACUGCAUGGCUUUGGCGAGAUGACAAAUUUACGCGCAUUUCGAUACAAGUAACCAGGUUUCAUCUAAUUCUGACGGAUGAACAUGGCCAUGAACGUAUUGACCUACCUCUUAUAUCUUACGCAGUGCGUCGCCCCAUGGCUCAAUCUGCGUGGGCUCAAGCAUGCAUCUAUCCCCUUUCGAUAUACCUCGCUACACACGAACACCUAAUCCUAGGGUUCUAUGACGAAGCAACCACCCUACGUACGCUUGAGCGCCUCAGGGAAGCUGCCAGUAUGGACUCUGUUGAGCGAAUGUAUGCUUUCAACAGUGGAAUGCCGGCGGGGAACGGAUGGCAGCUUUACAAUGUCGCACGGGAAUUUAAGCGACAAGGUGUCGGCUCAUCCACUCGAGCGUGGCGAUUUUCUUCAGUCAACGCCUCGUACGAAAUGGCACCAACAUACCCAUCUAUGCUUGUUGUACCAUCAAACAUCAGCGACAUGACCCUAAUUCAUGCGGCCAAACACCGCAGCAAAGGUCGCAUUCCUGUGCUUACCUAUCUUCAUUGGGCUAAUUUAGCCACUCUUUCGCGUUCGAGUCAGCCGAUGGUUGGGAUUACGCAGAAUCGAUCGAUUCAGGAUGAAAAGCUUGUCGAGGCGAUUUUUUCGUCGCACGAGCGAACUCAUGGGCUCGUAUCCUCUUCGUCUGAGCCAGUCUAUGGAUCUACAAUGACCAACCUAAUUGUGGAUGCACGGCCCACGGCGAACGCCAUGGCCAAUCAUGCUAGAGGCGCAGGUUCAGAAAACAUGGAAUUUUACAAGAACUGCAAAAAAGUCUACCUAGGUAUUGACAAUAUUCAUGUGAUGCGCGACUCCCUGGCCAAAAUUCAAACCGCUCUGCGUCUGCAAGAUGAGCGACCCGUCUUUGAAGCACGGCAAGAGGCAGCUGUACUGGAUGAAUUGGCAUUGCAACGCUCUCAGUGGUUAAAGCAUCUUGGCGCCGUGUUGCAGGGCACACGUCAGAUUGUACAAAAUAUUCAUAUUCAUUCAUCUCAUGUCCUUGUGCACUGUUCUGAUGGCUGGGACCGAACCGCGCAGCUAGUUUCUUUGGCUCAAAUAUGCCUGGAUCCCUAUUUCCGCACACUAGAAGGUUUUGCUGUGCUCAUUGAAAAAGACUGGGUUAGCUUUGGUCAUCAGUUUCAGGAACGACACGGUCUUGUGCACCAGAGCUCAUCUAAAUUCGACAUGCGUGCACCCCAGCAUGAUCUUUUACUCGAUGCUGAAGCUAAAAAUGACGAAAUCAACGAGGAGCAAAGCCGUGCAGCACCAUCACUUUGGGAUUUUACUAAAUCACUCACGGCCCAUUUCCAAGGGCAUGCAUCAUCGCAAACAGCGCCUAUUUUCUUCCAGUUCCUUGACUGUGUGUGGCAAUUGCAAUGCCAAUUUCCGGAAAGAUUCGAGUUUCGAGGGUCCUACCUUACUGAGCUGGUGCGCCAAGCGUUCUCCGGCACAUCAGGCACAUUUUUAUACAACUCCGAGCGUGAGAGGCGUCUCUCUUCGAGUCCGAACAAACCUGCUCCAGCAGAGAUGACACCAAGUGUGUGGGACGCGCUUCUUUCCGACACUUCAUGGAAGAAUCCCCGCUAUGAUCCUUCCUUGGAUCGAAGAGAUGGACGUGAUGAUCAGGGCGUCUUGUAUGUGGAGCCAAAAGACGUGCGUUUUGCCAGCGACCUGUUUCGUCGGUCGGAUGACAGUUUAAACGCGCAUCUUGAUGCUGAAAGACGCCAAAAAGUUUACCUUCAGCAACAGUUGGCCGAAUCUGUGCAUGAAUCUCGUCCCAAGGCGUUAUCCCAUCAAGACCCUCUAUUUCCUGAGGAAACAUUUCACAAUGCUGCGCGGAAAGUCCGUUCACUUUUUUCAGAUGGUUGGAAUCGCGUCCAGGAAGCUGUAAGAAAAACAACAGAUGAGGCGAAUGUGGUUGCGCAGCGUCAUGACUCUGGUGUCAUUCCCACAUCUGACUCCAACAAUGAAUCUUCCUCCUUUGCGGCUAUAAAUAACCCUUGGAUUGAGCAAACAAACAAGGUACGAAACGAGCUGGACAGUUUGUCUUCAUGUUCAUGGGAACCUCCUCCAUCGUCUACAGCUACGGGAGACGCGCUGCCACCGCCCUUACCUAGGAGCAUCUCCACGCCGGAGCCUGAUGCGAUGACCUCCACAGAUCCAUUAGGCGCGUCCUAUUUGUAG